CAAAGAUGGCCGGUCCCCCUUCACUCCUUCAACUUGGACAUUUUCCAUUGCUCCCUAUGGAAUUUGAGGUUAAUCUAACCUCAUGCUGACUGCGUGACCGAAAUCAAGAUGGAAGCCACAUCCCUUUAGCAUUUAAGGGAAGUGAAGCUAUUUAUUUUUCCCUCCUCGGGGAAAAUAAUCACUUGCAUCUGGCUCUUGUUUUUGGAGGCGUGGUUGCCAGGAGUUAAAAUGGCUCCUCCUUGGAAUAGAUUUACUAGCGAGUGAAGCCGGGAGGGCGUGGCGUUGCCCGGCCGCUCUUUACUAGAUGUUCUGGCGGGUAGUUCCGUUUCCCUUACUAGACAUGGCGCUGGCCAGCGUGUUGGAGAGGCCGCUGGCCGUGAAUCGGCGCGGGUUUUUCGGAUUUGGGGGUCGUGCGGAUCUGCUGGACCUGGGUCCGGGGAGCCCUGGCGAUGGGCUGAGCCUGGUCGCGCCCAGCUGGGGUGUCCCAGAGGAGCCAAGAAUCGAAAUGCUUCACGGUACCACCACUCUGGCCUUCAAGUUUCUCCAUGGAGUCAUUGUUGCAGCAGACUCCCGGGCCACAGCAGGUGCCUACAUUGCCUCCCAGACAGUAAAGAAAGUGAUAGAGAUCAACCCGUACCUGCUGGGCACCAUGGCUGGGGGUGCAGCGGAUUGCAGCUUCUGGGAGCGGCUCUUGGCUCGGCAGUGUCGAAUCUAUGAGCUUCGAAACAAGGAACGAAUUUCGGUAGCAGCUGCCUCCAAGCUGCUUGCCAACAUGGUGUAUCAGUACAAAGGCAUGGGGCUGUCCAUGGGCACCAUGAUCUGUGGCUGGGAUAAGAGAGGCCCUGGCCUCUACUACGUGGACAGUGAAGGAAACCGGAUCUCAGGGGCCACCUUCUCUGUAGGUUCUGGCUCUGUGUAUGCCUAUGGUGUCAUGGAUCGGGGUUACUCCUAUGACCUGGAGGUGGAACAGGCUUAUGAUCUGGCCCGUCGAGCCAUCUACCAAGCCACCUACAGAGAUGCCUACUCAGGAGGCUCGGUCAACCUCUACCAUGUCCGGGAGGAUGGCUGGAUCCGUGUCUCCAGUGACAAUGUAGCUGAUCUACACGACAAGUAUAGUGAAUCUACUCCCUGAAAGAGGGAGGAUGCGGCUGCUUGCAUUUCUUGGGGUGACUGUUGGUGAUUUGGCAAUACAGCUCGCCAUACUCUAAUGGCAGGGUCCCCGAUUGUAUCCAUCGUUUUUUUUUUUUAAGCUCUGGUGCAUUGACCUCCAUGUGUUACCAGUUGUUAAUGAGCUGCUGCAGAGGUAAUUAUUUGUUUUAUUUUCUUGGAUGUUAACAUUACACUACUCAGCCUCA